CAGGUGACUACCGGCGCGUCAGGUCGCUGUCACGAGAGGCCCGCGGCCGCUGCAGUCCGGUCCCGGCGGCAUGGCCAACGUGUCCAAGAAGGUGUCGUGGUCCGGCCGCGACCCAGACAAUGACGAGGCGGCGCCAUUGCUGCCACGGGGCGCGGGCCCGGGCCUGGGAGGCGCAGAUUCGGACUUGCCGCUGCUCAAUGGGGCCGGGCCGGCGCGCCAGUUGCCUCAGGCAGUGUUCAUCCGUGCGGGACAGAUGAGCAACGUGGAGCUGGACGACGAGCUGCUCAACCCGGAGACGGAGCCGCCACCCGCCUUCCCCAAAGAGAUCCCGCACAACGAGAAGCUGCUGUCCCUCAAGUAUGAGAGUCUGGACUAUGACAACAGUGAGAACCAGCUGUUCCUGGAGGAGGAGCGGCGCAUCAACCACACGGCCUUCCGCACGGUGGAGAUCAAGCGCUGGAUCAUCUGUGCGGUCAUCGGCAUCCUCACGGGGCUGGUGGCCUGCUUCAUCGACAUCGUGGUGGAGAACCUGGCCGGCCUCAAGUACCGAGUGGUCAAGGACAAUAUUGACAAGUUCACGGAGAAGGGGGGCCUGUCCUUCUCGCUGCUGCUGUGGGCCACGCUCAACUCUGCCUUCGUGCUGGUGGGCUCCGUCAUUGUCGCCUUCAUAGAGCCUGUGGCUGCUGGCAGUGGGAUCCCCCAGAUCAAGUGCUUUCUCAACGGGGUGAAGAUCCCCCAUGUGGUCCGGCUUAAGACCCUGGUCAUCAAAGUGUCCGGAGUGAUCCUGUCAGUAGUGGGCGGACUGGCUGUGGGAAAGGAGGGGCCCAUGAUCCAUUCAGGCUCCGUCGUUGCGGCUGGCGUCUCCCAGGGCAGGUCGACGUCACUGAAGCGAGAUUUCAAGAUCUUCGAAUACUUUCGCAGAGAUACGGAGAAGCGGGACUUUGUUUCGGCAGGCGCUGCAGCUGGCGUGUCUGCUGCCUUUGGAGCCCCCGUGGGUGGGGUCCUGUUCAGCCUGGAGGAGGGUGCCUCCUUCUGGAACCAGUUCCUGACAUGGAGAAUCUUCUUUGCAUCCAUGAUAUCCACUUUCACCCUGAACUUCAUCUUGAGCAUUUACCACGGGAACAUCUGGGAUCUGUCCAGCCCGGGCCUCAUCAAUUUUGGAAGAUUUGACACAGAGACCAUGGUGUACACCAUCCACGAGAUCCCUAUCUUCAUUGCCAUGGGCGUGGUGGGUGGCAUCCUUGGAGCUGUGUUCAAUGCCCUGAACUAUUGGCUGACGAUGUUUCGGAUCAGGUACAUCCACCGGCCCUGCCUACAGGUAAUCGAGGCCAUGCUGGUGGCCGCUGUCACAGCCACAGUGGCCUUCGUGCUCAUCUACUCAUCCCGGGACUGCCAGCCCCUGCAGGGGAGCUCCGUGUCCUACCCACUGCAGCUCUUCUGUGCGGAUGGCGAGUACAACUCCAUGGCCGCCGCCUUCUUCAACACCCCGGAGAAGAGCGUGGUCAGCCUCUUCCACGACCCACCAGGCUCCUACAACCCCAUGACACUUGGCCUCUUCACGCUGGUCUACUUCUUCCUGGCUUGCUGGACCUACGGGCUGACGGUGUCGGCCGGCGUCUUCAUCCCCUCCCUGCUCAUCGGGGCUGCCUGGGGCCGGCUCUUUGGCAUCUCCCUGUCCUACCUCACGGGGGCUGCAGUCUGGGCGGACCCUGGCAAAUACGCCCUGAUGGGGGCGGCUGCCCAGCUCGGCGGGAUCGUGAGGAUGACACUGAGCCUGACAGUCAUCAUGAUGGAGGCCACCAGCAACGUCACGUACGGCUUCCCCAUCAUGCUGGUGCUCAUGACGGCCAAGAUCGUGGGCGAUGUCUUUAUCGAGGGCCUGUACGACAUGCACAUCCAGCUCCAGAGCGUGCCCUUCCUGCACUGGGAGGCCCCGGUCACCUCCCACUCACUCACUGCCAGGGAGGUAAUGAGCACGCCGGUCACCUGCCUUCGGCAGAAGGAGAAGGUGGGCGUCAUCGUGGACGUCCUCAGCAACACGGCCUCCAACCACAAUGGCUUCCCUGUGGUGGAGCCCGCCGGUGACUCCCAGGUGCCCCUCUGCCUGGGGUGGGGGGCCCUCCGUGGGGCUCACAGUGGCACACCGGCCCGGCUCCAGGGCUUGAUCCUGCGCUCCCAGCUCAUUGUCCUGCUGAAGCACAAGGUGUUUGUGGAGCGCUCCAACAUGGGCCUGGUGCGGCGGCGGCUGCGGCUGAAGGACUUCCGGGACGCCUACCCGCGCUUCCCACCCAUCCAGUCCAUCCACGUGUCCCAGGACGAGCGGGAAUGCACCAUGGACCUGUCGGAGUUCAUGAACCCCUCCCCCUACACCGUCCCCCAGGAGGCGUCCCUGCCUCGAGUGUUCAAGCUGUUCCGGGCGCUGGGCCUCCGGCAUCUGGUGGUGGUAGACAACUUCAACCAGGUAGUCGGGCUGGUGACUCGGAAGGACCUCGCCAGGUACCGGCUGGGGAAGGGGGGCCUGGAGGAGCUCUCGCUGGCCCAGACGUGAGGCCGACCCGCAGCCUGGUGCACCCCUCGGGCCCCCGCACCCCCCACCCCCAGUGCCGGAGCCAGCACCCUCCUGACCUCGAUGGCCUGGCCCGUGAGGCAGGAGACUGUGUGUGGGCACCACUCACACCCUCGACAUCUCCCCUGGUGGCCGUGACCCUGCACUGCCUGUGGAGACAGCCAGCCAGCGUGGACCUGCGUUGUGUUUACCUGUGUGUCUGUGAGCGCACAUGUGUGCAAGUGUGUGUCUGUUUUUGUGUGCUUGAGUGUGUGCAUGUCCGUGUGCGUGCCUGAGACGGCAGGUGCCUCAGCCCUGAGGCAGGACCAACUCUGCAUCUGGGCUCCUCAGCCCCCAGACCCCAAAAGACACUGCCCAUGGACUGCUAGGGCAGGUGACAAGGGGGCCUGCCUUGUACCCAUAAUCCCAUGCUCACUGCAGUGGGGGUGACCCUGCCCCAGCUGAUUGUACAAAGGAGUGGGGACCAGGGCAGCCAUGGAGAAGAGACUCAGGUUUGGGCAGCCUGGCACCCCCAAGCUCCACACAACGACUGUACCCUGGGGCACGAGUGACAGGCGGAGUCCAGCCCUGCCAUGGGCCCUGCAGAACUGGAGUCCAGGGGUGUGCCCUCAUGGACAGUGCUGGGCAGGGACUUCUUCACACAGGGACCCCCAGCCCCCCGGGGGUGCCCUGGGAUAGACUGCUGAGCCCUGCUGGGACAGGCCCCUUCUGUGUCCCAUGAGCCUUUUCUGAUGACCCCCCAGCCUGGCACUCUUGUGAAAGGAGUGCUUGCCUUUGUGGGAGCUGGGGAGCAUUGUACCUCAGUCUAGGCCCUUUCCAUUUGUGGGGGGCAGGGGCACAAGUGGGAGUGAAUGGAUGGAAGAAAUAAAUAGACUUUACCAAGGGCA